AUGCCGACCGAUGUUUUCAACCCACUAACCUACCUCCUCGGCCCACCCGCCUACCGAGACUGGCUCCUGCUGAGCGCGACGUCAACCCGCGCGCUGCUCUGGGCAUUUCUGACCGCCUCGUGGGUCUUUGUCUCGGCGCGCGUCGCCAACGGGCAGCUCGCCCCAAAAAGCCUCGGCACCUACGCCAUGUGCCACGUGUGGAUCGGCUGCGCGACGUCGGACGUGCAGAUCUUGUACAUGCUGCUGGCCUCACUCGGCGGCAACGAGAUGGUGGUCGCCGCCAUGAGCCGCGGACGCGACGAGGCCAUGAACACGGUCUCGUUUGUCGGGACGUGGUGGAUCGGCCUGUGCUUGUACCUGUGGCCGCGGGAGUUUGGGCAUGUUGGAAGCUCUGCUGCUGCUGCUGUUGCUACCUCUGGCGCCGGAUCGGCGGGCUACACUCAUAGUAAUAGUUGA